AAAUUACAGGACUGACAGGUUGGGAGGUUGUGACAGAGCUGGAUGAUCUCAUUAUGACGUCUGAAGAGUAACAGGGAAGUACUGAGCACACAAGGAAAGAGGCAGAGCGAGUCUCAGUCAGUCAGUAUGGCUUCAUCUAAUGGCUACUCUAAUGGAAGAAAAGAUGAGAACUACUCAUCCAGGAAACUCAAAUCCCUUCCUAAGGAACUACUCCAGAAGGGUCAGAACGUGUACAAGUUAAACCUGGAGAAGAACAGACUUAAAAACAUUCCUGAAAUCUCCAGGUUACCAAACCUGACGGAGCUUAAUUUAACCCGAAACGAGUUUGCCGAGUUUCCUGUAGCGAUCGGAGAGCUGAAGCACCUGGUAAAACUGUACAUAAAUCAGAACAACAUUAAAUCAAUACCUGAGAACAUUUUCCCAUCUUUGAAGAAACUGCAGUUUUUAAAGAUGAGUACAAACCGUCUGGACAAGCUUCCUCAGGAUAUUAAAACGUGUGAGAGCCUCACCUACCUGAACCUGUCCAAUAACAACCUAAAGGAUCUGGAGCCACUGGUGGGUCUCUGUGGGUUAAAAGAGCUCUAUGUGGAAAAGAACCGGUUGAAAGUCCUUCCCAGCAGUCUGUUUGAGUCCCAGUGCUUGGAAAAAAUUAAGGCAAAUGGAAACCCACUCAGAAUGCCCCCUGAGGAGGUUUGCGCGGGUGGUUUGAAGGAAAUUCAAAACUAUUUCGACAUGUUAAAAGCAAGUUCCUACACGGUCUGCACUGUUAAAACUAUGUUUCUGGGCUCCACCAUGGCAGGGAAGUCUACUCUGUCUCGCAGUUUGAAGCUUGGUGAACCCGUAGCCGUAGACGAAGCCGAUCGGACUGUGGGUAUUGAAAUCAGUGAGGUCGAACGAGAUGGAAUUCAGUUCCGUUUUUGGGACUUUGCUGGACAAGAAGAGUACUACCUAACUCAUCAUGCCUUCAUCACACCUCAGGCUUUUGUCAUCCUUGCUAUUGAUCUAUCCACCUAUGACACUGAGAAUCCAGAGUCUUUCAAGACGAAAGUGAGAUUUUGGAUUAGCAAUAUCCAGCUGAAGGUCCCGAAUGCUGUGGUCCUGUUAGUGGGCACUCACAUUGAUGAUUGUAAUGAGAUGGAGGUACAGGUGAAGAAGGAAGACAUUGAGAGCAAAGUAAAGCAGAUGGUGUCAGAUCGAAACUACACUUUAGAACAGCGAAAACAGAACCUGGAGGGCAACUCUGAUCAAGCAAAUGACAUUGAGCAGCUUGUAGAGAAUCAAUUAACCGUCCUUGAUCUUAUACCUAUUGAUUGCACAAACUCUGAAGACAUCAGGAAGUUACAAGAACAUAUCAGCAACUUUUUAAAUAAAAAAGAAUCUCCUUUCAAAGAAGAAACUCUUCCACAAUACUACAAGGACGUGGAAAUAGUGAUUCAAGAGAUGUUGAACCAAGAAGACAUUCCUAAACAUGGAAUAACAAAUCAAGAGGAAAUUCUGCAUCAUUUUAGGGAAAGUUUUGUGAAUUCUGAAUUGGACCAUGAGAAACUUCAAUCUAUCCUGAAAUAUCUGCACCGGAUUGGAGUCAUCAUGUGGUACAUGGAAAUUCCAGCGCUGAAGGACAUGGUCUUUGUAAAGCCAUCAUUUCUCAUCUCGUUGUUCAAGGCCAUUGUAAGGCAUGAUCUUGUCAGUAAGAUGGAAGCAUUUUCAAAGAAAGUUCUGAUUUCAGAAAAAGCUUUACAUAAGCAUCGAGACGUCUGGAUUGAGGAUUACAUGAAAAGGGCUACUCUGAGUAACAAAGCUAUACGAAUCCUCAUGCAUAAAGAACUUGAGGAUUUAGACAUUGAUGACAGGGACCUGACUGAGGAGAUAGUCGGGACUGACGAGACGGCCGGAAAUAUUCUCACUCUGCUGCAGCACUUUGAAGUUUGUCUACCAACCAAGCAAACUGCAAAACUCAAUCCUGGAGCUGCAGAGUUUUGUCCAAAUACAAAAUGGGAGCCAAAGAACGUCUCUAUGUAUGAGCCGAAUGGAGCUUGUUUGUUCCCCAAUAAGCUGGAAACUACUAAGGAGGUCACAAAUAUGUGGGGAGUGGACAACCUGGAGGACAUCCAUGUCCAUGUUUACUUUUCACCUGAAAUGCCUCAUGGACUCUUCCACAGGCUGGUCAUCAGGAUUUGCUCCAUUUACUCCACGUACUGGAUUGAGAAAGAUCUGUGUCUUUUCUCCUGUGGCAACAGGCGUGUUUUGCUUAAAAACCAUGCUGAUGCUGUCGAUCAGUUCAUCGAGAUUCGAAGCAAAGACAGUGAUCUAAAUACCUCAAAGGAUAUCCAGAAGGCGUGGGACAUGAUAAAGGUGAUCAUGACGAGGUUGAACGAGCUUCUGCAGCAGUGGAGAGGCCUGUAUUCGUAUGUUCACAGUCCGUGUCGGGAACGUGGCUGCUCACUUUUCUUCGAAUGGGAUGACUGGCAGGAAUGGCUGGAUCCUAACACACCUACAAAAUUCAACAUGGACCCAGAGGAAAAAAUUACUUGUCCGAAUGGACACACACGCAGAACUGAACUCCUGUUCCCUGUUGGCAUUUAAGAGGAAUUGAAAAUGGGACGGGACUCCAAACCAACCAUGCAUGUCUCACAUAACAGUGCGAUAAUGAAAUUUAUUAUAAAAUGUUUACUGUUUAAUGAUGUUUUGCCAGAUCUGUUCUGAUACACCACACUGAGUUGUAUUUGUUUUUAGCAUGACUUUGAUUAGUAAAGCUUUGUACACAUAAAUGUAAGUGUGUCAGUGGUGCUGUAGUGGGUAUUAACAACCUUAACCCCCUGACCCCCAACCCUAACCCCAACCCUAACCCCAUUACUUUGCCCCCUCCCUUCAGUGAUCCUUAAAGCCAGGUAUACUUUCACUUAACCAGAAUUUCCUUAGUAACAGAAUAGAACACGUGGUUUUAUGCUGGAGGGAAUCCUAUAUAACCAUAUACGGUUUUAUUAAUGAAUCUGUAGCUGUACCAUUAAAUUCAAUUAAAUUAUUAUGUCAAA